AUGGAGAGCAAGCUCCGCGGCCGCAGGCCGGCGCCCGCCCCGGCCCGGCCCGGCGCCCGCUCCCGGAGCGGCUCCGAGGGCCUGUCCCUCCCGCAGGCUCGCGGAAGCUUCCAGAAGAAAGCCGGAGACACCAGUUCCCUCGCCACGCAGAGCCUGGGGGGAAGCAGGUUCCUCAAGACCGGCGCGCCCCCCGCCCGCGGCGCGCCCCCCGCCCGCGGCGCGCCCCCGCACCCCCAGGCCGCGGCUGCGGGCCGCGCCCGGCACACUCCGCGCGCAGAACCUGCUGGAAGAGUUGACGCGCCCGACAGCGACGAGGAGGAAAUGAAGGAGUUGCUGGGGAGCUUGACAGAAUCUUCUACACGUGAGGAAACGUGGACGAAGCAGAGCUCGGCUGCGCGUGAGGACGGUGAGACCCCGCGUGGACCCUCGGCGCUCGCCCUGCCCAGCCCCGAGCCUGCCGGGCCCCUGGGCCGUGCCAGCUCCGCGCACACCCCGCUCCCCGCGGCCUCGCCGCCGCCCUCGCGCGCCUCUUCAGCGCCCGCGUCGUCCGAGCUGCGGCGGCUGCAGCUGGCGUCUCUGUCCACCUGCAGCGAGGCGGGGCCCUGGAACGCGCUGGCGCCCGAAGCGGCCACCGACAGCCCGCAGGACUUCAGAGUCAACAUCCUGUCCCUGGAGGACCUGUCCCUGGAGGACCUGGCUGCAGACGUCAGCGGCGAAACCUCAGCUGGGGAUUGGAGCGAGGAAAGCACCGGCAGCGGAGGGCCGCGGGCCCCGGGCUCCACGUUCCAGGGUGCAGCCAGCCCCGUGGCGGGGGACGAGAGCCAGGUGUCGGAGCGGCUGGGGGCCAGCAUGGCCUCCGAGCCCCCCUCCGAGUCCCCUUCCAGUCUGGCUUACUCGGAGAACUUCGAGCGCUCCCUGAGUCCCAGUGUCUCCGAGCCCGCACCCUCAGGCGCAUGGGGGACCCCCCCGGAGCUGUCCUGCAGCCAGAGCGCUGCGCUGCACCCCGGGCCGCGCCCCGUUAAGGAGGUGGCCGUGCAGACGCAGGAGCCGCUGGUGCCCGGCCUUGCCUACCAGUGGAGCCGGGGGGCCGGGGAGGCGGUUGUGGGGCCGGGCCUGGGCAGCGCCUACCUGGACCCAGUGCCCAUCGCUAGUCAUGUGGUCAGUGCGGAUGCCCUGGAAGCCCUCACAGCCUACAGCCCCGCGGUGCUGGCGCUGAACGAGCUGCUCAAGCAGCAGCUGGGGCUGACGCGCCAGUUCGUGGAGGCCAGCCGCCAGCUGCACAGCUCCUUCCUGCGCUCCCUGGAGGGCGACGCCUUCCACUACCACACGCUGGAGGACGCCAAGGAGUUCAUCCAGUGCCACAGGCCCGCGCCGCUGACCCUGGACGCCGCGCUGCGGGAGGUGACGGAGGAGCUGCGGGGCCCCGCGGGCGCCCCGGCCGCCAGCUGA